UAUAUAUUAAUGUCCCACUCAAUCAUUUCCUCAUUCUGCAAAUUAAUCUUAAUAAUAUACAAGAUUCAGACCUAAUUCAUUCAUCUUCUUUUAUAUCUUGUUACUUCCAAUGGCUGACAUAGAAACCUCCUCCAACAAUGUUUCACCUGAUUCUACAGAUCAGCAAUCUAGCACAGGUUCAAAUGUUGAAUUUUCUGAAAAUGAGGAAAUGCUUAUCACUAUGGUUUAUAAUCUGGUUGGGGAGAGGUGGUCAUUGAUUGCUGGAAGAAUUCCGGGAAGAACAACGGAAGAAAUAGAAAAGUAUUGGAAUUCAAGAUACUCAACAAGUGAAUGAGGGCCAGAUGAGAAUGAAGCAAGAAAUUAAAAUUUGUGGGAUAUGAUGAAUGAAAUGAAAAUGGAUCUUAUUGUUACGGCUGCUUCAUAUUAUUUAAAAGAUUAUGUAGUGUAAUGUUCUAGUGCUCCUUGGUGUUUUACUUUUAAUUCGAUAAUAUAUUCCAUUUUUUGCA